UUGAAGCCCGAUGACGCGAGGGUGGCCAGCAUUCAUGAUUGGCCACGUCCUCAGUCUAUGACUGAGAUGAGAUCUUUCUUAGGAAUGACAGGCUACUAUAGGACUUUCGUUAAGAAUUAUAGCAGAGUGGCCGCUCCUUUGACUUAUCUGACCCGCCUUGACACCCCAUGGGAGUGGACAGACGAGUGCGAGGCUGCUUUCAGACAUCUGAAGCAUGCGUUGACGCACUACGAGGUCUUGAAACUUCCUGAUCCUGACAAGCCAUUCAUAGUAACCACGAAUGCCAGCCAAUAUGGCAUUGGCGUCGUGCUCGCGCAACAAGAGGGGCCAAAGUUGAGGCCAGUCGAGUACAAGUCAAAAAAGAUGCCAUCUCAGAAAUUGGCAAAGUCCACCUAUGAGAAGGAACUCUACGCCGUGUACAAGGCUCUGACCCAUUGGAGACACUAUCUCCUUGGGAGAUUCUUCAUCCUCAGGACUGAUCAUCAGACCCUGAGAUGGAUGAGAACUCAGCCCGUACUUUCUGACGCUCUGAAGCGUUGGAUUGAAGUCAUUGAGCAGUAUGACUUCGACCCCCAAUAUCUCAAAGGGGAGUACAACAAGGUACCUGGACUGAACGUUCAGGACAACCAGGUUCUUUCAAUCUACUCACGUGCAUUGCCCGAGCCCAUUCGUGGACAGCUCGUGGCCGAAGCAAAGUCUGGUAAGUAUAAUUAUCGGCAGUUUCGGGACCUUGCUCUUCAGAGAGAGCAAAUGACCGCACAGGUCAAAGGUACGUACGCUUCAGUAGUUAAGACGGGACCGGUUGGUGGGUACGGCAAGCGGGUCCUCUGGCGGCAAAAGCGUCAGGACCAUAUGCUUGUGUUAUUUGACGAUGAAACAGUAGAGAAGUUACCUCUUGGUGAGACUGAGGGAGGAGGAGGUAACGGCGACAGUGAUUCUGAGAAGGGUGAUGUCACUGCCGUAAUGGUCAACAAGGGAGGCCAAAGUCAGUCGAAGAAGAAGAAGAGGCCACGCUCGUUUCCCGAGCAUCCCGGCAUUGCGUUCGGGAGACCUUGGGAGAAAAUGAAUAUGACCCGAGAGGAAUGGCGGUCCAAGAUGGACAAUCGCCAGUGCCUCAAGUGUGGCACCGUGGGGCAUGUGAUAGCCUGGUGCCCGCUUAUUCGUAACCCAAAAGUGAGCAGCCAGUAAGAGUAGCAUCUGCUCCUACUGAGUCAAAGGGUAUAGACGAAGAAAAAGGUAAGCCGCCUACAAACCCUUCUACCCUUUCGACUCUCAAGGCAGAGGAUGACUCUUCUUCCGCCCGUCGUCCAGACCACCCUGACGAAGUCCUUUGUUCUGUCUCGCUGAACGAUUCCCUUGACGAACUCGGUAAUGAACUAAUCGCACUAAG